AUGGAUAAAAAUGAUAUCAUAACUGAUAACAUCAUAGACAACAAUGAAGAGGAUGACAAUGAGAGAACUAAGAUCUCAUUUCCCAAUUCAAGUGAUGGCAACAACAAGAAUCAUAAGAAACCAUUGACUAAAUCCUCAGGUGGUAUCAAAUCAUGUCAGUUGGAUUAUUUGGUGCAUCCAUUGGACAGGAAUAUUGCCGGAAUUUUUAUACUCACCCUUUUCUUUACAUUAUUGGCAAUAAUAAGUGGUGUACCAAUAGUUUUAUGUCUAUUUGUUUUGGUGCCGUUGACUGUCCUCAUCAAGCGGUUCAGUGCUUGUGAUGUGGUGUCUGAUGAAAAAUAUCAAAAGAUAGCACCAAUUGAUUCAUUUUGGCUCAAUUCAGGACACAUCACACAUUGCCUUCUUUAUAUCGAUAAGGGCUUAUCCGUCGAUCAAUUACGGGAUGUCAUUUCAACACGACUUCUUAGUCGACCAGAGCUCAGCCGAUUCAAAUCAAAGCUGGUUUAUAGAGGCAUUUCUCGGACACCUUAUUGGAAAAUUAGCAACAAUUCAGACACAUUAGAGGAAAAUAUUGUUGAAGACGAGCCAAUUGUCGAUCGAAAGUGUUUACGACAACGACUGAUCCAAUUGAUGUCUCAAACUCUACCAUCAGAUAAGCCUUUGUGGCAAAUCCGCUAUGCAUUCGCCCAAUACUGCAAUCAAGUUGUGCUUAUCAUUCGCGUUCAUCAGUCUCUAUCGCAGUCAGGUUUAGUCACAAUACUCGUACAAUACCUGUCCGAUACACCGCCUCCACAAUCCAACAUAAAAGCACGUUUUGGUGGUUCCACGCUAUCAAUCAAUAUAUUCAGAGCAGUCAUCGUAGGUCCGCUCACUUUCUUCUUAUGGAUCAUUUGGGCGUUUACUCGAAGACAUAAUAAUUAUCUUAAAAAACAUAAAAACAAGUCAUUUAAGUCCGUUUAUUGGACAACCAUUGAUUUGCCACGAAUUAAUCGAGUCAAACAAGUGACCAGAAGUACAUUGAAUGAUUUGUUGAUAUCAACAAUAUCGGGAUCAAUACGAGCUUAUUUAACUACCGGAGCCAGAAUCUUGAACCCACCCGAUCUCAAUAUAUCGAUGCCAAUAGACAUUUGUCCAAAUAAUCACACGGAGUCCAGUCUUGUUGGUGUUAACUAUGUUUUAGUCACAUCUCCGAUACCAACAAAUACUGAAGGAGCUAUACCCCGACUGUGGGAAGUAAGACAUCUGAUGGAAGAGCUCAAGACAUCAGCUGAUACAGCCGUUAUGUAUGGUGCACACUAUUUAUUUAGUCGUUUACUUCCACUAUCAAUAUAUAGGUUUUUAGUAAAUAUAGUGAAUAGGAAUUCCUCAUUAUAUGUGAGUAAUAUUAGUGGUCCGGACACUAACCUAAGCAUCGGGUCCUACCGUCUCAACAAAGUUUUAUAUUUCAUGUCUGCGCCGUCUUAUUGUUCACUUGUAUUCAAUGUAUUUUCAUUCAAUGGUAAACUCUAUGUAUCGAUUAGCUCGACUUCACAACUCAUACCAAGUGCUAAACGAUUGGCUAAACUUUUCAAAGCACAGCUCAACCGACUGUCGGGUUUGUUAAGUCGUCGAAGAGUUCCGGGAGAGUCAAGACGUCGUCGAAAGAGUCACAUUCCAUACGAAUCACCGCUUUAUAUCAACAAUCCAUCGCCCGAUGGUGUCAUCGACUUAACCAACAAAUUACAUGAAGUACAAUACGAAUUGCAUAAAUUGUCUGAACAGUUCAGUUCAGGUGAACCAACUUUCAUCAAAAGAUAUGAAGAACUCAAAGAUGAAUUCACAGGUCUUUUGUUUGAAAUGAGAAGAAGAAAGUCGAUUGCAGACAAAGGCACUAAUAUUCUCAUUAAUAUUGAGGACGAAGACGAUGACGACAACGACGGCGAACUACGCCCACCACCGCCCCGACGGUUCUCAGUUGUCAGUUAUGGUCGCAGAGCGAGUGCUAGCUUUGUCUCAUCGCUGCCAACUUCAUCAUCUCGAGUGACGCCACCAAUUCUGUCCCGUCGAGCGAUGGCCACUUCACCGGAACCGCCGAGUAGUCCUGAGGUUGCGUUCAAAAGUGAAACUGAAUGUUAA